UCUAGAUUUGUUUGAUUUUCUUGAAACAACGCCGCCCUGAUAAGAAGUGUUCAAUUUGAGGCUAUAGAAACGGAGAUAUUGCGAAACAGAAACUCGGGAGUCAUUGUUGCUUUAAAAGCGCGUAUUGUUUCGCUAACGGGACAGUGAAGAAAGAAGCAGAAGAGAUUCAGAAUAAGACCGUUGUUUCGCCCAUCUGUCUACCUCCAAUCAAUCCAGUCAUUAUCAACUUCAGGACUUUAACCAAUGAGUUUAUGGAACCUGUUGGAGAAAAUCAGUGUGUGGACCCAGGUCUGUCUCUGUCUCGGGGCAGGAGUGUGAUGGCUGAGCCGGACUAUCUGGAGGGGGACUGUGAGGAGAUGAUCAAACCCAAGAAGCUGUUGAACCCAGUCAAGGGCUCCAGAAACCACCAAGACCUCCAUCGAGAACUCAUGAUGAACCAGAAGAUGGGCCUAGCUCCCCAGAACAAGCCAGAGCUCCAGAAGGUUCUGGAGCUGAGGAAGAGAGAGCAGGUUCUCAAGGCCCAGAGGGAGGAGCAGGAGGCCCACACCAAGAGGAGCGACCUGGAGAUAGAAUUAAUGAAGAGACAACAGAAACUAGAACAGCUGGAGUUGGACCAGCAGAAGGAUGAGGAGGAGCAGGAGAACACCCCUGAGUUUGUGAAGAUGAAGAGCAAUCUUAGGAGGACCAAGCAGGAGGCUAAUGGGGAGGAACGUACCACUUAGGGGCCCAUGGGGGGGGAAUGUUUGAGAGAGAAGGAGAGGGCAACUGUGUACAUAGAGGUGUGUUUGUGCAGAGUCUAUGGCACAUGUCAUCUGAGGUGGAAUUCACUUCCUGAUUCUGAUUUUUCCGACCCUGUUGAGAAAGACUAUAGACAAUUUUGUCUGCCUACUAAAUACCAACAGUACUACAGACCUCUUUGUCUGUCUGCUACAGCACUCACCACAGGCAGUGACCAAGGAAACUUAACCACGUCAGCUUCUCUCACCAACAGACAGACUUUGCAGAGAAGAGAAUCCCCUAUAGACUACAGACUGCUUUGUCUGCCUGCUGUAGUACUCACAUCAGCAUCUCCACUCAACACACAGACAGAGAGGAGACUUAACAUGGACACAAAACACGGAACAUGCUACACAUGGACAGUCAACCAGUCUUCUUGGGAAGCCUGAUGCAGGGACAAACAGAACCCACACAGUUUCCAUUCCCUCUCUCCUGUUUGCUCCUCUCUCUCCGGCCACAGAAAGUUCUCCUUCUGUUAUUGUUGUUUUCAUUUUCAGAACCCAGAAUAGAAAAGCGGACACUGGAUGGACUCUUAAAACUGUGUUUUGUAAAAAUGCCAAAUUAAUGUGCUGUUAUUUAUGUUUGUUUGUAGUAUUUUAGCCCCAUGUAGGGAGUGUGUGAGACAUCUGUUUAGUUUUACAGCUCAAUGUGUGGAACCUGAGCAGGACAGGACGAGUGUUUGUGUGAAAAAACACCCAGGUUACUUUUUUAUUUUUUAUCUCCAACAUACCACUUCCUCAGCUAAUGCUAUUUGAAGCAAUACUAGAACCCCUUUCAAGUGUGAGACUUUUCUUUCUAUAAUUAUAAUGGUUUCUGUAAUUGGUUUUUUUGUAUGAAUAAAAGUGACAUUAAAUCA